CCAUGGACGCCCUCACUUGUCCCAGCUCGGCUGCAAAUAUAUAUAGCUUGGUCGCCGCUGGCCUCGUCACCAGACCGGCGUCAUGUGUGCGUGAUCGAAGCCGGAGAUCGCACCGUCUGCGCCGGCCAUGUCGUCGUCGUCACUUGCUCGCUACGACGCCAACGUCCUGCUGGCGGCGGUGGCCGCGCUCUCGGCGGCGGUCGCCUUCGUCGCGGCGCUCCACCUCUACGCGCGGUGCUUCCUGCAGCGGCGCGCCGCCCUCGCAGAGGGCAACCCCCGCGUGCUCGUGCUGCGGCGCCCGCCGCCGCCGGACGGCUACGAGCUGGAGGUCGUCAGCGCCGGCGCGUGCGGCCAGGGCGCCGCCGGGCUGGACGCCAAGGCGCUGCGCGCGCUGCCGGUGUUCAUGUGGGAAUCGGCCAGGGUGGGGGCGGAGGGCGGCGUCGCAGCGGUGGAGCUCGACGGGCAGUGCGCGGUGUGCCUGGGGGAGAUGGAGGACGGCGAGCUGGGGAGGCUGCUCCCGGCGUGCCGCCACGUGUUCCACGUGGAGUGCAUCGACACGUGGCUCGGGGUGAGCUCGACGUGCCCAGUUUGCCGGACGGUCGCGGCGGCGGCGGCGGCGGCUCCGGACGCGGACGUGGCACCCGGACACGGUGAGGUAGAGCCCCGAGGCGCCGAGUGCUAGUAACAUACGUACAUGGUAAAAGUGGUUAGAUGAUAGUAGAUGGUCGACUUAAAUUAUUUAUUGUGUGAUAAUAUAUCUUAAUGUUUAUUCUUCGUCCAAUGUAAUAGCUCAAUUCUUAUCUUGCUAUAAGCUAUAUGUACUUUCUUCAUCCUAAAUUAUUAA